AUGCACGUGGUCGUCUAUUACGGAUACGCGGGGGACCCUGACAACCUCGUCCCAAUGGUUAACAAUGAUCCCAAUGCGCCGUUUGACUCGCACGUCCCCUUACGCAAUCUCUUUGGCGGAGAGGUCAUCUCCUACAAGUCCGGUCUCUCUGUUUUCCUCUGUAUGAUCAUUUUCCUGAACCCCAAGCGCGUCUUCAUCGGAGAUAGCUACCACGGCAUUCACGGAGUUUUGGACGUCAUGGAGAAGCUCAACGGGAUGAAGAAGCUCACCCUGAAGGACCUCGAUCAGUUACAAGCUGAUGAUGCGGUGCACGUCGAGACGCCCCUGAACCCCACAGGCGAAGCUCGCAAUCUCGAGUACAAUGUUGGAAGCAAAGAACCAAUCAGGCCAUCAAGCACCAGCCCUGUCGCUAAGAGGCUGCCAUAA